CCAUCGUCGCUCGAGUUUUGAUUAUAAAUUAGAUCUGUUUUUGAAGAUAAUUAUUAUAUUACAAAAACUUCAAGAUACAAAAAAAUUGGACUCAGUAAUCAUAAAUGCCUUUUGUAGGGAAGUUUAAAACAAAUUGGUGCUUAAAAACUGCCUUAAAAGUUAUCUAAUCGUGUGCCUUGUUUUUCCAAUAAAAUCUUUGCUAAUUUACAAGAUACGGUUUGAAAAUUAAAUUUAAACGAUAAAUGUGUAAAUAAACAUUAAUAAUGGUAGAAACGAACAGAGAUUUCUUCAGAGACACCUGGGUACGUUAUUUAGGGUACGCGAACGAAGUUGGAGAAUCUUUCCGUCCUAUUGUACCAGUGAAGGUGGUCCGAGCAAGUUACGGAGUAGCAUUCGCGUAUGUUCUCGCCGAUACUGCUGACAAGAGCUGGAAAAUGAUAAGAAAAGACGGUCGCCCGAAAAAGGUGCUGAUAGAGACCGGAGACGCUCUGUUAUGGCAAACAUUGGCCUCGGUUGUCAUACCGGGAUUCACAAUAAACAGAAUAUGCGCGCUCUCACAGCGUGUUCUAUCGAGAAACGUACCGAAAAUGCCUUUGACCGUUCGGAAUUGGCUGACUGUGGCCCUAGGGCUGGCCUCCAUACCGGUCAUAGUGCGACCCAUAGACAAAGCGGUGACUAUCAUGAUGGACUCGACUUACAGGAAGUGGGUUCAGGCUUAGCACCCGUAGUCUUUACUUCGGCGCUGCGUAGCUGCAAUAUGUUUUGGUGAAGACAGAGAAUAUCGAAUCACCGGAGAGAUUUUCACUGCUCAACAUAAUCCUACGGGUUACGCCCUUAUACAAAGGGGGUCGUAAGGAAGCAACCGGCAUUUAACGUAUAUUGCGAUCUAAAAUUGCAAUCAAAAAUCAAUUUUAACGACUUUUCCAUUACCCGCAAUGUAUUACAAAAUCAGUUGACCUACGAUUUUUCCAUUACACGCAAUGUAUUACAAAAUGAGCUGACCUCUGAGGACAACGUUCUCUGGCAUUAUAAAUCAAAACUAAUGCUUCCUAAAAAAUGGCAUUUUUGCAAAGGAUUUCUAUUAUAGCCGGCUAAUUUUCAAAUGUAAGAAGUCCACCGGCGGGCGUACGGAUUGAUAGCUGUCGACAGCUUUGGUAGGAUUUUAGAUGGAGAUGAGAAGACAUUUGAGCGUUUUAGAACUGGCUGUAUAUAUAGCAUUUAGAUUAGGAUAAAUGAGUACAAAUUACUUUAGGUCUUUAUAAAAAUAUAAUAAAAAGCAACGAAAUUAUGCUGUGUCCUAUGUAUCUAUGGUGCAAGUUGUGGACGCCGCGGUAUUUUGGAGCGCCAGUCUCUUCAUUCCCAAUGAACCUCUUACAUUUGUACCUAUUUUACUUUGAUUGUUAACUUACUAGAGGGCGCUAGGGUUGCACACGGUCCCUACAUUGACUAGAGACGCCUUUGAUAAAGUGUUCAAUGUACAUACAGGUACAGUGUACGGUAGGCAGCGGCUUGGCUCUGCCCCUGGCAUUGCCGAAGUCCAUGGGCGAUGGUAACCAGUCACCAUCAGAUGGGCCGUAUGAUCGUCUGCCUACAAGGGCAAUAAAAAAAAAUUCUUAGGACACGGGCUUUUUAUGUCAGAUUACUAACGUACAGCGCCCCUAGCGGCAAACGCAGCCAAACUUUAAAACUGCAUACAAAUUCUAGUUAACUUUUACGCUAUCGAGAUCGUUAAAAUACUCGCACUAACCACACAGUAUGUUUAAAGGAGAGAAUUGUUGGGCCGUGUUACUGGAAUUGGAUUAAGAAUGAAAGAAAUAAUUUGUAAAGUUGUUGGACAUACUAAAAGUAUUGCUUAAGUGUCCUUAAUCAAUGUGAAUGUGUAUCCUAUUGUUAUACAUCUGUAAUUGUUGUCUUAUGAUUUUGCUAACCGGGCGCGUUAUCAUUUUUUAAUUUUUUUUACCAGUCUUAUUUAACGUUUUUACCAUUUUAUU